ACAGCCCUUCCCUGAUGACCCCAUCUGCGGCCAGCCUCAACAUGCUGCAUGUGGGCCACGAUGAUGUCAGCUCUACUGUGGAGCAGGUCAACAGUAACGGGAGCUGCAGCCCCACGCUGAGCCCUCACCAGUACAGCCACCAGGUGCAUGUGAAGGAGGAGCCCACUGAGCUGGAGGACGACAGUCGGUCAGUAUCCCUCCUGGCCGGCGUCACACGCAACCUGCCACUGCCGAGUGACGAACGUGACCUGGAGGAGGAUCUCCCCACUGAGGAGCUGGAGUAGGACCGAUCCCAGGUUGACCAGAGGGACGAGAUCAAUCCCAGAGCCCCCUCGUCAGCAUAAAGAGGAAAAGAUAGCUUCAGUACACUUCAAAGAAAAGAGAGAAAAAAAGAGAAUGUUUUUUUUGUUUUGUUUUUAAGAAAAUGCAAGGAACCACGGACAACAUUGAGAAACUCCAAACAGGGUUAGAUGAUACUUUCAGACGCAUAAAAACAGACUGUGGAGCACUACUUUACCUCCCUGUGUUUCUUUUUCAACACUUGGCUCAGAGGUGUAACACCACUCAAUCCAUACACACGCGCACAAACACACACACACACACACACACACACACAAACAUUUACACUCAUUAACUUGUCAAACCAUUUCUCAUCAUCCUCCCUGGUCUAAUCAGCCUGUGCGUAGAGACCAACCUGUGCGAAGAGCCCCUUAGAAGUUAGGACGCACACUCUCCUCCUUGCCCGACCACUCUGCAUACGCCCUCCUCGCUGUUGUCUCGGGCAGCCUGGCUGUUUUAUCAGUUGAGAAGACACACGUGUGUGUGUGUGUGUGUUUGAAGGAGAGAGAAAGACACACGCACACAGAGGAUCAUGUGUAUAUAGGUUUGGAGCAGUCACCAGGGGCUGUGCAGAUGUGCACCUCUCCUUCUUCCCCCUCUUUGAGUCAAUCACUUGCUUCUUCAAUUUCUUUGGUUUAAAUUUAAAUGAAACUGUAAGGCUUCAAUAUGGGAAGGAAGUAAGGAAGCAAGAGUGCUUUCAUAGCUCAGCAGUGCUCCAACACUUGUGCAGAGCUGGCUCCGGUCUCCGGGUCGGUGUGUGAGCCCAUGGCAAGGCCGUGGCUCUGGUCCCUGUCCAAACUUCUGCCCCCCAGCAAGACACUUAGUGAGGAACAUCUUUUAAACUCUUUGCUUCUAACUGAGAGAAAAGAUGUUUUCCCACCGCACCUCCAUCCCUUCCCAUCCCCACCCCGAAAGGACGGCAGGACAAGGACCAUUUGGUGCUGUCCUUUUAUCCUCCUCUGUCUGCAGAGAGUGAUGAGCUUGGAAGACAUGAGAAGAGAAGAGGGGAAGCAGAGAGAAACGAGGGAGGAAGCGUCUACAGAAAUAUUGUGACAAAAAAAGAAAACUGUUCAUGAUUAUGGAAUAUAACAAGAAAAAAAAAAGUGUGGUAGCUUUUGUCAUUUCCUUUUUUAUUUGAUGUUAUUAUCAUUGUUUAUUUUUGAGGAUCAAUAUUUCCACGGUGGCGUUCUCUUUAGACGUACCUCUUCAAGGAUGCUGUUUUUUACUUUUGUGUUGUAAAUUGUUUGAUUACUUUGGCUGUUCACACCAUUCCAAAUGAGUAUUGGCAUACAAAAAAGAAAGCGCAGUAUUGUCCCAACUUGUAAUACCCGGCCUUCACUUCUGCCCUUCCCUUUCUGUACCCAAGUGUAGCAGGCGAGGAAUUGGAAAUAGCACUUAAAGUUGCCAUUAUCCAGACAGAUUAUUUAACAGCUGAAUCUUGUUUUUAAAUAUCUCUCAUUCUCUUGUUUUUGGUUGUGAAUUUAGUUGAGAAAUAUCAGUAAUGCUUAAAAUAUAUAUAUAUAUAUAUAUAUAUAUAUAUAUAUAUAUAUAUAUAUAUAUAUAUAUAUAUAUAUAUUAUUACUGCAGUCAGAGAAUACCUCAUCCCACAAAGGUUCUGCCUGGAACUGUGUCCAAAUUGAUAAACGCUAAAGGGGAAUUCUUUCCGUGGGACACCAAAUGAGGCGACUCUGCUCAGCUUCAGCUCAUUGCUCUAUGGCUGUGAUAGUUUAAUGUGUAGAAUUCAAUUCACUGUGUGAGUUUGUGUGAAAGGAAUAGCACAUGAGAUUUAUUCUUUGUUUUUCGUUUUCCUUGAGCGUAAAAAUCAUUACUUUUCUCUACAGUGCCAUACCAAAUUUAACAUUUAUUUUAAUCUAUUAUCUGCUUAUUCCCCUUUUAUUUUUGUUACAGGUAACCAAAGAAAUGUAGAAAACCAAAAACCCUGUAGUUUUAUUUUUUGCCCUUUUCAAUUUUCCUCUUAAAGAAUUGGCCAAAACACAACAAACCAGGAGUUUGAAUUCUUGUUAUUGUAUUCAUAUAGCCAUUGUGUUCAAAUUAUACACGACCUACAGUGCACGCCAUUCCGAAAAACCAAAGUGUGUUGAGCAAACAAAAUCUUGGAGACAUCAAAGCUUUUACAUGAUAAGCAGUUCUGAAUGACUCACAUUUGGUAAGAGGCCAAACAUUUGUAUUAUCACACCUCGCACAGUUCCUCUGAAAAACAAAAAGAAAGAAAUAAGAAAAAAAGCACUUAGAGGUGAAACCCUGUCUCCCACCCUCAGGCUGAACUGUGUUUCAAACACAAUCCUCCGACUGGCCCUACUGCUGUAUGAGCAGGACUAAAAAUUAGGCACUUGUGAGGAACUUAAACACUUUUCGCUUUACAGGAUACCUUUUCUGGUGAUGUCGUAACAAACAUUUUUUCCAUUCUAGGGAACAAACACACCCUCUUGGUCUGUAUGUAGUAUUUGCAGGAAGAGGAAGUGUGAUGUGGUUUUAAAGGUCACAUCUCGGAACAUGGAUGAGUUAUUCCAAAACAUAUAUAUUACAAUAUAGAGGGAACCACUCAGAAUAAUAGAGAAAAUAUACCAAUGUAAGAGGAAAACAUCUAAGGGACGUCAUGUAUGGAAAGUCUGGUUCAUAUUUUCAUACUAUCUCUUGCUCGAUUUUCUUAUUUAAUGACAGAAUCUUUGUGACGACUUUGUGUUCAAACAGGACAGUUUCCUGUCACAUUGCAGACUGAUUUCUAAUAAAGUACAAAGUGGCAGACUGACAUCUUGAAACAAGAUAUAAAACCAAAAAUAACACUACCUCCUUUUCAAAACAGUUCAACGCAUAGCCAAUGGGAGACUGAACUCUCUUAAAUAUUUUCUUUUCCUCCAUUCUUCCUCAAUGAUAAUAAGGAAUGCCAAAACUGUUCUUACACUUACCGUAUUACUGACAAAACAAAUGUUAUUUGGUGAUCCGGACUCCCUAAUACAUCUGCUUGAGCCCAAAAACAUAGAGAUGUUUUGCUUUCCAUGGAAUUCAAAAUGACUACCUCUCCUUAAACCACAUCUAAAGCACUCUCUACGUCUCAAAGUGUGUCACUAUUACAGUGCCGCAUCCCUCACACAAACACACACACACACACACACAUAGGGGUUUACCAGAAGCAUAGAAGCGGGGCUAUGGGUUAGUGCAACGGAGGCUCUGACCAUCCAGAUAUCCAAAGACCAACAACAGAGCAGCACCCACUUGGCCCAAAACACUCGCAGAGACACCGAGAGGACUGACUCAAGCAAAAUGAUACUCAUCACGACUAGUAAUAUCCAAACUAAGAGGAACUGCAGCAUACAAUACAACAAUGAUCUCUGACUUGUGCUUUAAGGUACACCUGUAAACAAAGCUGUUUUAUAAAGAUGUUCACAGGUCACCAUGUAACACUUCUGUUCUUUCUCCAGCUUGGCAUAACACAAUGUAUUCUUGUAUAAUAAUGCUUGACUUAUCUCUCCAGGGCAUUCUUUCCCAUUUUGUCUUUUUAAUUUUACUUUUCUUUUUUUCUGCACCUGUUUAGCUAUUGUAAAGCUUUCAGCUCUGAUUCCUAUACUGUACUGCUAAUGCUGAAGUAUAUGUAUUUAUCAUAAGUGCUGCAGGUAUCUCAGUUUAUUAGUUUUGCUUUGUUUUUUUGUUUCCAUUUUUCAGUUCUUCAUAAAACGUCUGGGACGCUGUUUUUUUUAAGUGUAUUAUCUCUAAAAAAUGUAAAAGAAUAAAAGUUAGAUCAGUGGUUUAGGUAACACCUGUUUGUAUAUUUAUCUUAGCUAGGUCUAUUUUGAUACUUUUUUGUCUCUGUACUGCAUUUAUGCAUUUUUAAGGAAAGAAAAAAACAAAUGGAAAACAAACUAUUAUGUAUUGAUACCUCAGAAGGACUUUUUCUCAAAGACAGGACCAAAACCUCUGAAAAGAAAAAGAGAAAAAAUGUAAGAAUAUGUAGCCCCUCUCUUGCUUUAAAAAAAACAGCGGAGCUCUAGAAAGAUAUGGUUAUUGGUCCUCUCAGGUGCCAAUAUGUGUCCCAGCUCCCUGUGACCCCUCCCUCUGACCCCUGACCCCUGUCAUUCCCAUGCUGAACUCCGACCCACGGAGCUGUCAAUCAUCUGCAGGCGCUAUGGGGGUGUCACUGAGUCACAAACCUGGCUGGUGGUGACCAGUCACAAACCUCAUUUCCCAGUCCCAAAGAGGCAGAUCAAAGCCUGACACUGUUGCAUUUUUGAUAUUCCUCUUGCAUAGUCCCGAUACCAAAACGGGGAAUGGCUCUCAGAGAUGCAGCUCAUCGUCUGACUACCAAAGGCAUUGAAAGCAGCCAUUUGCUUAGUCCAAACUCCUGAACUGUAACCAAACUGCAACCAAACCAAUGUCACAACUUUAACCAAACAAAACCAAGCUACUUCCAAAAGUCUCCAUCGACUUCACUCACCUUUACUGAUAGCUGUAAUCUCUCUUACAUCCAUGUAAUGGUGUUGUAGGACCAGCCUGCAUCCUAUUGGCUGGUGAUUGACUCAAAGGACACAGGGAACCCAAAUCCUGACUUGUGAUUGGACAGUUCUGAGGUGUCACGUGAGAGGAAAGGGACUCUCAAAGUGGAUGCAUUGCCUGACGGUAUUAUUAAGUAGACAGAAUCGGAUGGAACCACCACUUCAGCUCUCCUCUGGUUAAACCUAAGGAAUGUGUGUACAUUUUCAGCAGUGACUCUCUGUAUGGUUUCUUAGUUUCAGUUUACCUGUUUACCUCUCUUUAUCCUCUGGUUUUUGUUCUGUUUCUUGUUAUUUUUAAAGUGUGACCCGAGGAAGAGGCGGGAACAGGGACUGGUUCGUGGCUUUAGACAGAAAUUGAAGCCCAGCCCUCUAACCCUCCACCCCGGGUAGCCAUGUAAUGCCAGUCACUGCCCUUUCCUUCAUGCUGUAUAAAAACACACACAUAUAUCUGUGUAUUUGUAACCUGAAUCUUCUUGUGUCUGUCCAUGCAGACAAUAAAAAACUGUACAGUAGGUCUAGUUGCAUGUAAUCUGUACUAAUUAUUGACAAUGGCAUUAUAAAAUGCAAUAAAAUACUUAUUACACUGUC